CUAAUUACAGUCUUUCUUUUUCUUCAAGAGCUCGGUUUUCUGCGAAGAAAACCAGCAUCUUGCUCAACGAUGGCUGACCACGGGAAGUCCAAAGUGGACAUAUCGUUCGCUGGCACUUUUGCUAGUAGCGCUUUUGCUGCUUGUUUCGCCGAGAUUUGUACCAUCCCAUUAGACACAGCUAAAGUUAGGCUUCAGCUCCAAAAGAAAGCAGUUGAAGGGGAUGGAUUGGCUCUACCAAAAUAUAGAGGAAUGUUGGGUACAGUAGGCACAAUUGCCAGGGAAGAAGGUUUAGCUGCUUUAUGGAAGGGAAUUGUUCCAGGGUUACACCGUCAAUGUCUAUUUGGGGGCAUACGCAUUGGGAUGUAUGAGCCUGUAAAGAACUUGUAUGUGGGCAAAGAUCAUGUUGGGGAAGUGCCUCUUACAAAGAAAAUACUUGCUGGUCUCACAACUGGUGCUUUGGGUAUAGCUAUUGCAAACCCUACUGAUCUUGUUAAGGUGAGGCUCCAAUCUGAAGGAAAAUUACCUCCAGGUGUGCCAAGGCGUUACUCUGGAGCAUUGAAUGCUUAUUCUACCAUAGUGAGACAAGAGGGAGUCACAGCUCUUUGGACUGGAAUUGGACCAAACAUUGGGCGAAAUGCUAUAAUAAAUGCAGCUGAAUUAGCAAGUUAUGACCAAGUGAAGCAGACAAUUCUUAAGAUUCCUGGGUUCACAGACAAUGUCCUUACUCACAUUUUAUCUGGUCUUGGAGCUGGUUUCUUUGCUGUCUGCAUAGGCUCCCCAGUGGACGUGGUUAAAUCCAGAAUGAUGGGUGAUCCAACAUACAAGAAUACAUUAGAUUGCUUUGUGAAGACGUUGAGGAAUGAUGGACCACUUGCGUUCUACAAAGGUUUUAUACCAAAUUUCGGCCGGCUAGGCUCAUGGAAUGUGAUUAUGUUUUUAACAUUGGAGCAGGUAAAAAAGAUGUUUAAUUAUUUCCUAGUCUUUUUUCUGCUUCUAUCUGGAUCAAUGAUAGUCACAAAUCUCUAUGAUUGUAAAAUGUUGGUUGAUAAUUCCUUUUGUAUGGGCAGGCUAAGAGGAUUGUGAGAGAUUUAGAGUCUUCAAGAAGUUAAAAAAGUAUGGACUCUAUUAACUGAGGAGUCAUCAAAGUGAUCCAUGGCCGAUUGGCCACUGCUACUUGAUGUGUUCUCUCUCACAUUUGAGAUUUCCAUUGGAUCAUACUAUAUAUGUAACAUUAUUUUCCCAAGCUUGGGAACAAGGCAAUUGUCAUAAAUGAAUGAAGACAUGUUUUUUUUUUGUUUUUGGUCGUGUUCCGUGGGGAGCAUCUUCUUUUCCAAAUUUGCUGAAGUGAAACAGCUACCUACUCUGUAAUUGGUUGGAUGAAUUGUUGAAUCUUCCGACUUGGAAAACACAAAUAAGAUUAGCAAAGAUUUUCUGUUCUCAAAAGGCUUGAAAGUGCUUCUAGAUAAGA